CCAAAAUGAUCUUCCUCAAAAAAACUCGCACAGUUCUCUUUAUUUUAGUUGGUCUCAGUUUCAGUUUCACUUCAGUUCAUGCAGCCACUUUUGCUAUCACAAACAACUGUCCUUACACUGUUUGGGCAGCCGCUGUGCCUGGCGGUGGCCGACAACUUGACUCUCACCAAAGCUGGUCUCUCAAUGUGAAUCCUGGUACUAAAGCAGCUCGUAUAUGGGCUCGAACCAAGUGUCGUUUUGACGGAGCCGGUAGAGGCCAAUGUCAAACUGGUGACUGCGGCGGUGUACUCCAAUGCCAAGGCUACGGCCAACCACCAAAUACCCUGGCAGAAUAUGCCCUAAAUCAAUUCAAUAAUUUGGAUUUCUUCGACAUAUCUCUUGUUGAUGGAUUUAAUGUCCCAAUGGACUUUAGUCCAACAUCUGGUGGAUGUAGUCGAGGAAUUAGAUGUACUGCUGAUAUAAACGGACAGUGUCCUAAUGUGUUAAGGGCACCUGGAGGGUGUAAUAAUCCUUGUACUGUGUUUAAAACCGAUCAGUAUUGUUGCAACAGUGGAAACUGUGGACCUACAGAUUAUUCAAGGUUCUUCAAGGAUAGAUGCAGAGAUGCUUAUAGUUAUCCUAAAGAUGAUCAGACCAGCACAUUUACUUGCCCUGGAGGUACUAAUUAUAAGGUUGUCUUCUGCCCUUGAACAUUAACAGGAAGUAAGGAACUCCAUGUUAACAAUGUUAUAAGCAUAAUAAUGCGAUUGUUAACUAACAAGGUUGUCUUCUGCCUUUGAAGUGUUAAGGAUGUGAAAAACAUAAUAUA